GGGGAGCCGGAACGCAAGACGCCAGAGGAGCAGCCCAAGGACCCGGCCCCGGCGCAGCCCCGCGCGGCCGAGGAGGGGGACGCCCGCGUUGUCCCGCGGCCGCCGCCCACGCUGCCCCCGGCCAAGCCGCAGGCGGCGCGGGCGCCGGGCCUCUGCCCGCACGGGAAGCCCCGGAGCAAGGGCCGGGGCGGCCGACGGAGCUCAGGCCGCGCGGCGGACGAGUACCACUCCCAGCGGCCCGUCACUGUGGACAGCUCCAAGGCCAGGACCUCCCUGGACGCCUUGAAGAUCAGCAUCCGCCAGCUCAAGUGGAAGGAGCUUCUCUUCUCCCCAGGCAUGACGGAGAUGGUGCGUAAAAUUACUCUGAGCAGAGCCGUGAGAAUCAUGCAGAAUCUCUUUCCUGAGGAGUACAACUUCUACCCUCGCUCAUGGAUUCUGCCUGACGAGUUCCAGCUCUUUGUGGCUCAGGUUCGAAUGGUGAAAGACGGUGACCCAUCCUGGAAGCCCACUUUUAUUGUGAAACCUGAUGGUGGUUGUCAGGGUGAUGGAAUCUACCUCAUUAAAGACCCCAGUGACAUCCGCCUGGCAGGGACCCUUCAGAGCAGGCCAGCGGUGGUCCAGGAGUACAUCUGCAAACCUCUUCUUAUCGACAAACUCAAGUUUGAUAUUCGUCUGUAUGUCUUACUCAAGUCCUUAGACCCCUUAGAGAUUUAUAUAGCCAAAGACGGACUCUCUAGAUUUUGCACGGAGCCAUAUCAGGAGCCCAACCCCAAAAAUCUGCACCACAUCUUUAUGCACUUAACCAACUACUCGCUGAACAUCCAUAGUGGUAACUUUGUCCAUUCGGACAGUACUAGCACGGGCAGCAAACGGACUUUUUCUAGCAUUCUUUGUAGGUUGUCUUCCAAAGGUGUUGACAUCAAGAAGGUCUGGUCUGAUAUCAUCUCCUUGGUGAUUAAGACUGUCAUUGCCCUGACUCCAGAGCUCAAGGUUUUCUACCAGUCGGACAUCCCUGCAGGGAGGCCGGGGCCCACAUGCUUCCAGAUUCUAGGCUUUGACAUCCUUCUGAUGAAAAAUCUGAAGCCUAUUCUCCUGGAAGUAAAUGCAAAUCCCAGCAUGAGAAUCGAACAUGAGCAAGAACUUUCUCCGGGGGUCUUUGAAAAUGUCCCCAGCCUUGUCGAUGAAGAAGUGAAGGUGGCCGUGAUCAGAGACACACUACGCCUGAUGGACCCACUUAAGAAGAAAAGAGAGAACCAGUCUCAGCAGCUUACGAAGCCAUUAGCUGCAAGGGAGGAUCCUUCCGACAGUGAGCCGGCCAGCGCCUCCGAUGGCAACACGGAUCCCGAAGCCCACCUGCCCUCCAUCUGCCUUAAGCAGGUGUUCCCCAAGUAUGCCAAGCAAUUCAACUACCUGCGCCUGGUGGACAGGAUGGCAAAUUUGUUUAUCCGGUUCCUGGGGAUCAAGGGGACGAUGAAGUUGGGACCAACAGGCUUUCGGACUUUUAUAAGGAACUGCAAACUCAGCAGCAGCAGCUUGUCCAUGGCGGCCGUGGACAUCCUCUACAUUGACAUCACCAGGAGGUGGAACUCUAUGACCCUGGACCAGCGGGACUCAGGAAUGUGCUUGCAGGCCUUCGUGGAGGCUUUCUUCUACCUGGCUCAGAGGAAGUUCAAGACGCUGCCGCUCCACGAGCAGGUGGCCUCGCUGAUCGACCUAUGUGAAUACCACCUGUCCCUGCUGGAUGAAAAGCGCCUGGUGUGUGGCCGCAGCGGCCCGGCGGGGGGCCGGCCCCUGGACAGCGGCAGCCCCCCGGACGCCACCCCCUCGGCCCCGCCGGUGGAGGGCCACCCCCCGUCCUGCACAAACAGCGCCCCCAAGGCAGCGCAUUCCAGACACGCUCUGUCCUGA